AUGCCCGAGAAGAGCCCCAAUCGAAGAGCACCCGGCUCACCCCCCGCCUUUCGCCCAAACUCCAACGCCGUUUUCCUCGGAAAAACCCAGGUCUCAGCCUGGGGGCGUGCGAACGACCUCCCCCCGGCGCCGCCCCGACCGCCGGUAACCGUAUCCAGCGCGAACGACUUCCCCGCUCAGGACUCCGACUUCCACCGACCGGCAGGUACCGGCAAGCCCCCAUCGGUGCUGGCCGCUGCCAAGCGCGGCGACAACACCAAGAGCAACAAGAGUAACGUCAGUUGGUCCCCUUACGUGUCGGAUUCCGAAGAAGGAAGCGAGGACUCAGAGAGCCUGCCGUGGGGGGUAGGAAAGUUGGGAGGCGGAGGUGGCAGAGGAGGUCGAGCGGCGGGCGGAAAGAUGGGGAAGAGGGACGGCGUGGCGGUAGCUACCGCGGGGAGCGGGUACGCGAGUGGCAGUAAACGAGAAGGAAACGUCGGCGGUGGUGUAGGGAAAAUAGCGCAGGAAGGGAGGGGAUCCGACCGGGGGGGAGAAGAGGGCUCUGACGACAACAGUGAUGAAGACGAGGCCGACGAAGACAUUCACGCUCGAGAGGAGUUGCUUGAGGUCGAGCUUCAAGCGGCGAAAACGCGGUGCGAGGAGCUGAGACACCACCUACAGGAGACGAAGUCCAUGAUCCCGGCGACGGCCCUUGUGGUCGUGGAGGGCGGCGGUGGCGAAGGCGGGGGUGGCGUUAGAGACGGCGGGCGCGGCGGGAACGGAGGCGUAGCCAGUGUUCGUUCCGGCGGUGGUCACGACCGCCUCGAAGCCGGGGCGGCAGACGACAGCUACGCAGCAAAACGUCUCGCUGCCGUGGCUUCCGGUUCAUCCCUGGGGCGGGAAAAGAAUGGGGGCGAGGAGGAAGAAGAGGAGGACGAGGAGGAGGACGAGGACGAGGACGAGGACGAGGAGGACGAGGAUGGGGAAGGAGAAGCCGGAGGGACCCGAGGGAGAAGAAGCGAUGCUGAGCCCGGUGGCGGCAGCAACAACAGAGGAAGCUUCCGGGAUGGUGAGUACGACCGGGAACAGAGACGGCCAGGCAUCAGGGUUCGCCGAGCGUGGGGUCAGGCCGCCGACACCUCCGAGAAUGCCGACGUUGUACUGCCACUGCCACCAGGCGCGGCAGCGGUGGAAGCGGCGGCAGCGGCGGAGGGGCCACGAGUUGUGGGAGAUGCUGGUGGUGGGGGGGGUGGCGGGGGCGGUUGGACUGAGGGGACAACAGCCCAACCCUCUAGGGGAGAAGCGGGAUUGGACUCAUCGGAGGAGAGCCGGAAUAGCUACUACCCGUACGACCAAAGCCAGCUUGAGAGCGAGGCGAAAGCCUUGAACGGUCACAGUGGAAUGCACUACGACGACGACAGCACCAAUAAGAACGACAACGACGUCGGAAAACCGGAGAAGCUUUUUCAGCGCCGCUAUCCACAACCGGCAAGCCAAGCCUCCUCCUCCUCCUGCCCGGCGUCCGCUUCUGCUCCCGAUCCUGCUCAUACCGCUGAGAGCACUACCGCGAACGUUGUUGCAGCUGGGAAGCACAGCCAAAGAAGUGGCACGCGAGAGAGCAAGCGCUCCUCACGCCUCACGCCCGCGCGCGCUGAUGUCAGCGGUGAAACCCCCACUCCUCGCCUUCCGCAUCAUGGCGCUGCUUCCGGAACCAACGACACUGGUACGCAUGGGAGGCCAGAAACGCGUACGGUCGGCACGGUUUCUGCGGCGGCAGCGGCGGUGGAAAGGCCGCCGAGGGCUGAGUCUUCCCCGUCGCCGCCACCAACGGCACCCGCGGGGAGGCUUGCAGAUCGAAUCCGGACGCUCAGGGAGAGGUGUUGCCUGGGGCUUGGAGCCGAUGCGUUCGAGAGGGCAUACGGUUACUUAAAGGAAGAUAGGGUUGUUUCCAGGCCCAUCUGGGGCGAACGUCUCGGAAACCCUCUUCACAAAGCGAGCCUCGCGUUCUCGAUAAAUCGGGUGUAG